GCUUGCCCGCAAUUCAGAACUUCAAACCACAAUCUCUCUUUCUCGUCUCUCGUCUCUCUCUCUCUCCCUCUCCUCCUCCUCUCCUAUGCUCUGCUGCUCUUAUCUGAGAUCACUGAUUUCGGAGUCCUUUGCUCUUCUCUUGCUCUGGACCUACAGCUUCCAGUUUUCAAUUCUUGCGUUGCGACCAGUUUCCUGAGGCGAACCUGCAAUCAGAAGAGAAGCAAGCUGCGAAAGUCCUCGACCUGUACCUGAAUCUGCGUUUGGCUGCAACUUCAGGUGUCCACGGUGUAGUUGAACGAGAGGAGAUUACCAAGACAGUAGCUAUCUGAAAAUGGUGAGCGCCGUCGAAGAAGCAGCAACUCGCUGCGUGACAUUGCCGCCAUCGCCAGUUCUGAAAGCGUCGUUGAAGAGAUCUCUGCCCCCUCCCAUGUCUCUUGUGAUGACUGAUGGGCUACCAGACGAGAUUUCACUGGACAACUUGAAGGCCGUUCUUCCCACCAGUAAAAAUGGAGAAAGCGGCGCCACGAAUGGCAAUGUCAAGUAUGGUGAUUCGCAUGGCGCUGUCAAGUCCAACAAGAAUUUCGUGCUGGGAAGGGACAUGCACGGUAGUUCUUUUAAAAUUACCGAGCCAGACCAUGACGACGAAGUGACUGGCGAGAAAGAUGCGUACAUGGCUAGCGUUCUUGCUCGUUACCGAAAGUCUUUGACGGAGAAGUCGAAGUAUCACUUGGGUUACCCCUACAAUCUGGACUUCGAUUAUGGUGCUUUGUCACAGCUGCAGCAUUUCUCCAUCAACAAUUUGGGUGAUCCUUUCAUCGAAAGCAAUUACGGCGUACACUCGAGACAAUUUGAGGUAGGUGUGCUGGACUGGUUUGCCAGGUUGUGGGAGCUGGAGAAGGACGAGUACUGGGGCUAUAUCACCAACUGUGGUACUGAAGGAAAUCUCCACGGCAUUCUCGUCGGGAGAGAAGUACUUCCCGAUGGCAUCUUAUAUGCUUCCAGAGAUUCACAUUACUCCGUCUUUAAGGCUGCUCGAAUGUAUCGCAUGGAGGCAGUGAAAGUGGAUACACUAUUAUCGGGUGAGAUUGAUUGUGUUGACCUGGAGCGGAAGUUGACCGAGGGAAAAGACAAACCUGCAAUUUUGAAUGUCAAUAUUGGAACAACGGUCAAAGGAGCUGUGGACGAUCUAGAUCUUAUACUAAAGGUUCUGGAACGGGUGGGCUACACGGAGGAUCGCUUCUACAUCCAUGUUGACGGCGCACUUUUUGGGCUCAUGAUGCCAUUUGUGAAGAAGGGCACUUGGGAUUUGCGAUACAUUCGAAAGAAGUCCUUAUCUGGAGAAGUGCAUGAGGCUCCUAAAGUGACCUUUAAGAAACCAAUUGGUAGUGUCAGUGUGUCUGGUCAUAAAUUUAUCGGUUGCCCAAUGCCUUGUGGUGUCCAAUUCACUAGAAUGAAGCAUAUUAAUUCCUUGUCCCGUAACGUGGAGUACUUAGCUUCUCGUGAUGCAACUAUUAUGGGAAGUCGAAACGGCCAUGCUCCAAUUUUCCUGUGGUACACUCUCAAUCGCAAGGGUUACCGUGGUUUUCAGAAAGAUGUUCAGCGAUGCCUCCGUAAUGCACAUUACUUAAAAGAACGCUUGCGGGAAGCAAAAAUAGGAGUUAUGCUCAAUGAACUCAGCAGCACAGUCGUUUUCGAGAGGCCUCUCGAUGAGGCUUUUAUCCUUAAAUGGCAACUUGCGUGUCAGGGCAAGAUUGCACAUGCAGUUGUUAUGCCGAGUGUGACAGUGGAGAAACUUGACAACUUUGUGGAGGAGCUGAUUGAAGUUCGUAAGCGUUCUUUUCCAGAGGGGAAUGUGAAAAUCCCUUGUAUUGUGGAGGAAGUUGGUGUCCAGAACUGUGCUUGCUCUCUUCAUCGUGGUGCAGGUACUAUUCCUCUACCUAAAGGGGAGAAGAGGGUUUCUGCCUGUGUUCAGAAUGGAAACAGUAUAAAUAGAGCUUCUCAUUGAAGCUUCUAUUCACAUGCUUGCGCUUGACAAUUAAAAGACCAAAUCAGUGUAAAAACUGGUACCACCGCAGUACGAUUGCCAAAGCAGCGCAGCUACUUGACCUACUUUGAGGUCACGGUUAUUCUUUUUCUAACCUACGUCAAGCCCCACACGAGCCGAGGAUAAGAAGACGAUGAAGGCAGACAUAGGAAAUCAUUGGAAUAGUGCAAGCGAUUGUACGUCUGCCCUACUUAUAACAGAAAAAUUAGUAAGUGACAUCGAUCUUAUCGAAGCCGUCCAGGUGAAACUCCUGCAUGACGACUGCAAGGGUUUAAUCUUCACGCGCAUGUUGAAACAUGCGUGGACGCAUGUGAAGAUCAAACUAAUUCACUUACUGGCAAUCAACUGUUUAUAUUGAACGCCACUUGUUUCCAGGAUGCUCCCACUGAUGUUCACACGGCAUUGCUACAGAUCAUUUCCUCUAACGGGAUUGUGCGAAUGACUUUUCAAACGGUAUCUCGCAUAACUGAACUGCAAUUUGUUUGUGUACAGGCAAAGUACCUAGCAUACCUAGUACUCACAGGGUUUCAGAGUGGUUUCUGCCUUCUUUAUUAUAUUCUACACUAAUAUGAUUGUAGAGCGGUCUCUUCCGAGACAAAUACAGAUAAAUAAACUGUGGCACUUUCAUCAUUGA